AUGGGAUAUGACCUAACUGAGGUUGAGGUUGUCUCUAAGGUUCUUAGAAGUCUCGCUCUUAAGUUUGACUACGUUGUAGUGGCCAUUGAGGAGUCUCAUGACAUCUCAAAGUUGACCCUAGAUGAGCUGAACGGUUCUCUAAAAGCUCAUGAAAUGAGAGUAAAUCGUGUUAUGGAUAGACUAACUGAUAGAGCACUCCAUGAGAAGAUUGAGGAAGUUGCUCAAGGUUUUGAUGAAAGAAGAAGCACAAGUGCAACUUCUACUCGGAGCAACACCAAAGGGAAAGGAAGAAGCUUCUUUCAAGAAAGAGGAAGAAGCAGAGGAAGAGGAAGAAGCAAUGAGUCAAGAAGCAGUGUACAUCACUUCAAUUGUAAGAGAUAUGAGCACUACAAGUCAGAGUGCUGGGCUAAGAGCAAACCUCCAAAGAAAGAAGCCAAUCUAGCAACUAAAGAUAGAGAAACUAACAACUUGUUCAUGUCUUGUAGGGAACCCAUAGAUGAAACUAAGUUCGUAUGGCUAGUAGACAGUGGAUGCUCCAGUCACAUGACCGGAGAAAAACAUUUGUUCAGUCGAUUAAAUGACUCAAUGAAGGAGAAUGUACAUUUGGCCAAUGACAAGAAGAUCAAGGUAGAAGAAGUGGGUACCAUGACAGUUAUUUCCUCUGGUAGGAGUCUAAAAUACUUGCAUGACGUUCAAUAUGUCCUUGGACUCAUGCACAACUUGCUUAGUGUGGGGCAAUUGCUCUUAAAGGGGUACUCGGUGCUGUUUGAAGGCAACAACUGCAUUAUUAAGGAUGAGAGAAUAGGAAACCUGAUCAUCUUCAUCCCUCGCACUGGCAAUAACAUGUUUCUGGUUGACAUCUCCGAGAUAGGAAGAGCAAGUGUAGUAUGGGUAUCUGAACAACAAAAGCUUAAGAACUUUGGCAGUGAAAAACAUGGUGCAUGGAAUUCCUACUUUGAAGGGAGAAGCACAGUGAUAUUCUGGGUGUACUUCGUUAAGUAUAAGGCAGAUACAUUAAAUUGUUUUAGGAGGUUUCAUGCAUUAGUUGAAUGUGAGACUAGGAAGAAGCUCAAGGCUUUGCAGAGUGAUCAUGGAUGUGAGUUCCUGUCUAAUGAUUUUAGGGACUAUUGGAGCAACCUUGGUAUCAGACGGGAACUAACGGCACCCUACACGCCUUAA